AUGAAUUCAAAUGUGGAAGACAGCUUUAGCCCAAUAUUGAUUGCAGUUCUUCUGAUAUUCACAACAAUAGUUCUGUUUAUUUUACGUCGAUUACUCAAAAGCAGCAAAGGAUUCGUUUUGCUCACUGGUCUCAAUGAUACUGGUAAAACUUUGAUUCAUUCUCAAUUGCUUCAUAAUCAGCAUGUACUAACUUACACCUCCAGCCAGGAUAAUGUGGAAGAAUGUAAUAUUGAUGGGAAAAAAAUUACUGUAGUUGAUCUCCCAGGGUUUCACAGUAUAAGACAACAAUUUUUUGAAAAAUACAAGGAAAAUUCCAAAGGGAUUGUUUACGUUGUUGACUCUACCAGUUUGGCUAAAAACAUAAGAGAUGCUGCCAAUGUCUUGAAUAAUAUUUUAAGUGACCCUGUUGUACUUAAAAAGAGGCCAAAUAUCCUAAUUUUGUGCAACAAACAAGACCAAACUUUAGCUAAAGGUGCCAGUGUUAUAAAGACAAUGCUAGAGAAAGAACUCAACACUCUCCGCAACUCGGAACUAAAUCAAUUGAAACAGUUGGACAGCAAAGAAACCAGUAAAAAUAGAUCUGGGGAUUCAUCAAAAGAAUUCACCUUCGCAUCACUUAAUUGUAAAGUUGAGUUUGCAGAAUCGUUUGCCUUCAAUAAAAAUAAUUCUGUGGAUUUGGAUGCUUUGAAAAAGUGGAUCAGAAAAGUUGCUACUUAA